GCCGCUGUGUUGUUCAGCUCCAGCUUCGGUUCGUCAUGGCCCGUACCAAGCAGACUGCCCGCAAGUCGACCGGUGGCAAGGCCCCGCGCAAGCAGCUGGCCACCAAGGCGGCCCGCAAGAGCGCGCCGGCCACGGGCGGCGUCAAGAAGCCGCACCGUUACCGGCCGGGCACGGUGGCGCUGCGCGAGAUCCGGCGCUACCAGAAGUCCACGGAGCUGCUGAUCCGCAAGCUGCCCUUCCAGCGGCUGGUGCGCGAGAUCGCGCAGGACUUCAAGACCGACCUGCGUUUCCAGAGCUCCGCCGUGAUGGCGCUGCAGGAGGCGAGCGAGGCCUACCUGGUGGGGCUGUUCGAGGACACCAACCUGUGCGCCAUCCACGCCAAGCGCGUCACCAUCAUGCCCAAGGACAUCCAGCUGGCCCGCCGCAUCCGCGGGGAGCGGGCUUAAGCAGUGCGCGCUCGGCUCGCUCGAGGUUCCAUCGCAUCCAAAGGCUCUUUUCAGAGCCACCCACACCGGCACGAGGAAGAAGCUGUGUCACUUUGACCUCCGUGGUUCCAGCGCCCCGGGCGGGGGAGGUCACGAGCGGGUAGAGGGACCCAUCGGGCUCCCGGGGCACGGGUUCGAGGAAGGGCCAGCUGGCGGGGUCUCUA